UCGUCGCCUGGCCUCUGUCUCCGUCGCGCUUCUGCCCCUCUGCUCAGACUGCUCAGAAGAAAAACCCUUCUCCAUUCCAAUUUCCUUCCUUCGAGUUCAGAGAACAGAAGCUCAACCAAGAAAAAAACCCUAGACUUCGAAGUAAACCAGUGAACUAGUAACUAACGCAGUUCGAUAACCGAUCCGGUUCUCAAAACCUUGAGGAACAGUCACAAUCAUGCCCACCAGAUGUUUGAGAAAAUGUUAAAGUAAGUAAGAAGCUCGUUUGUUUCAGAUAUCCAGGGUCAUGGUGGAGUAGAUACUGGAAAUAGUUUGCUUGCUUAGAUAGAUGACUAUUGGGACCCUGAGUUUAUUGACAAUGAUUCGAUUCGAGAGUGGGAGUUUCAAUGGCCUACCUCCUCUGCGCUCCCCCAAGUUGUCGCCACAUAGUCACAUCUCACUCACUAAGCCAUCUUGGGUUGUGAGAACGGAGUCAAAUGUUAAGAAGAAGAGAGGAAAGAAGCCGGAUCCACAUUGUGUAGUCUGUGAGGGGAGUGGACGAGUCGAUUGCCACCAGUGUCGUGGGAAGGGAAGGACAAACCAGGUUCAUUUGGAAAUGCUCCCGAAAGGCGAAUGGCCAAAAUGGUGUAGAACUUGUGGCGGAAGCGGUCUUGGUUACUGCUCCCGUUGCCUUGGUAUCGGAGAAUAUAGGCUUUUGUGGGAAUCUGAUAUUUGUCGUCGAUGCCAGCUGACUAUCAUUUACAAUGCAAAUAAGUAAAGGGUGUGACAACGGACCUCGCCUUGCAGCCUCCAUUGCACAGUGGAGCCAAUGGCAGUUGCUUGAUUCUCUUCUACCUACCGGCGGCUUUGCUCACUCUUUCGGCCUUGAAGCAGCAGUUCAGUCCAACCUGGUCUCAAAUCCAGAUGAACUCAAGACAUUCAUUAUCCAUGUCUUGGAGAACACAGGAAGCUUACUCCUUCCUUUCGUGCACGUGGCUUCCGUGUCGCCCAAGUUGGAAACCUGGCACAAUCUUGACAAAAUAUUGGAUGCCACACUGACAAAUGAAGUCAGCCGAAAGGCAUCGAUCUCACAAGGGUCUGCACUAAUGAGGGUGGGUUCGGCUGUGUUCUCGGAACUCCCUUCUCUGAAAACAAUGAGAAAUGCUUCUUUGGGGUCAGGUUGAAUUUGAUAGGUCCUCUUGGUGCUGCAGUUUUGCAGCAUCAACUUGCUCCUAAUGCUGAAGGUAUACUAGAGAAAUGGAAGAAUCGCAACAUUGACGAUGCAUGCCAAGUUGCACCUCUGCUAGAUACAGUGCAAGGUUGCCAUGGUUAUUUGUUUUCUAGGCUCUUUUCGUCUUAGAAGGCACAAACAUAACACUGAUGAUGUAUUUUUCAUAAUAUGAAGUACAUAGACAUAGUAGAGUUUUGAUUGGAAGAGACAAUGUUAAGUCUUUUGGUAAAUUGAAUUUUC